AUGCUUCGAUUCAUAUUUUUCUUCAUAUGUAUUGCUUCUGGAAUAGCAGUUGAUUUGACAUGUCCAGCGAAUUUUAUCACUCAAAACACUCCUGCUGGAGAGUUCCCAGCUGGAGGGUCCGCUACCUUCCCAGCUAAUUAUAAUUGCACCAUUAAGUUUCAAAUUCCUGUCGGUUCAGUUGUAAGACUCAACAUUUCAAAUAAUUUGUUCUUUACUACUGCUGAUUCUUUUACGAUUCAAGAUUCAGCUUCGACGUUUUAUUCAAUCCACGUCACCAACAGCCUCUUCUAUCUCCCUGCCACCACUGGUAGCAUUCAACUAAAAACAUUCAGCAAUACCACUCAGUUCUACUUCAAAUGGCAGUAUAUCGAUGUGACAGGCUUCCCCAAAAUCCAAAAACCAACUGGAAUCAACUCCAUCAUGUCUCUCAACCUAACUGCAAACACACGUUAUCAGUUCACAUCUACACAAGGUCAAGUUGCAUUCCACACUGGAUCGGUCAGUGGGUACAGGGAUCAAAAUCUGGAGAAAAUCUACGUUUAUGAUGGUGAAGAUUUAAAUGCGAAGUUCCUUGGAAACCUUUAUGUUUUUACCGAUAAGGAAUACGUCUCAACCGGAAAAUCUCUGACAUUGGUGAACUUUUAUGGAAGUCCAGUUCCAUCGUAUGGAAUUGCGAAUGAUUAUGCAGCUAUAUCUGGAUACGAUGGUUAUUCAUUUUUUGUUUUGAGAAAUGUCAUUGAAUACUUUACUGGAGUAACAUCUAAAGCUGGUAAAGAAUCUGCAAUCACAGUAUAUGCAAUUGACUGGGACGAGUCAUAUAUCGAUUAUAUCGCCUUUAAAAAUCCAAACAAAACCGGUCAAGAAGUGAGAGUGAAUCCGAUGACCCCAAGUGAAACAUCAGAGCAGCUUUUGACCUAUAAUGUUCAAGACUUCUCUCUUAAUCAAUUACCACAACAAAUUCUGACAAGAAUUUUCACCGUGAAAGUGUAUCAAAGCGACGUUUACCUUGGGAUUUGGUCUCGUCCAUGGCCGAAAUGGAAUAAUGUAAUUGCUGGUAGAACUGGAUGGAUUUAUUCUCCAUCGAUCUGGAAUCCUCGUACACUAGUAGUACCGCAAUAUUUGAAUACCUUCAAUUCCUUUGCCAUGGUCAAGUUCACAUUCGACGUUUUUGGUGUAACCAUCGGAACACCUGGAGAUAUUCUUAAAGUUGGAGUCAAUUCAUUGGACUCAUUUGCUUUAACAUUUAAUCAAACUACCAAAGAUACCAGAGAAAAGGAUGCAAGUGGAACUAGUAUGACAACGAGUUUCACUGGAACCUGGCAUUCUUCAUCGUUUGUCAUGCAGUUCCUUGUGAAGGAUUACGUGGAGACAACAACAAAGUCAGCUGGGAAAAUAUUCGAUUUGCUGGUUGUGGUGUUAAUAGCUUUGAAAAUUUUAUAA